GAUGUGGCUGGGGGCUGACGUCGGGUCCAGAUGUGGCCCCGGCCCCGCCCACCCCCGGGGCCGGGCCGCCCACACCGAGCCGCGGCGCGCACGGCGGCUGUCCCGCCUGCCACAAUGCGCGGCGAGGCUGCGGCCGCGACUUGGCGAGACAGUCACUAACGUCGCUGCUCGGCAUCCUUAGGACAGGCCGCCUCUGACGCCGCGCGGGGACCCCACGGGCCCGCGCCCCCCAUGCGCUCACUCUUUGGUGCCCGGCCGGGCGGGCGCCUCGCGGACGCGGAGCCGCGCGGGUGACGGCAGAGGCGGCUGCGCGCCUAGCCCAGCCCGCGGAGAGGGCGCGCCGCGCCCCCGCCCCCCGCCCGCUCUCCGGAGGCCGUGGGUGCGGAUGCGCCGCUGACGACUCGCAGCGACCAGCAGUGCCGCCGGCCCGCCGGCCGGAGACCGCAGCAUGGCAGCCGCCGCCUAUGUGGACCACUUCGCCGCCGAGUGCCUCGUGUCCAUGUCGAGCCGCGCGGUUGUGCACGGGCCGCGGGAAGGGCCGGAGCCCGGACCCGAAGGCGCGGCCGCCGCUGUCUCCGCCACGCUGCCCCGCGUCGAGGAGCGCCGCGACGGCAAGGACAGCGCCUCGCUCUUCGUGGUGGCGCGGAUCCUGGCGGACCUCAACCAGCAAGCGCCGGCGCCCGCCCCGGCGGAGCGCAGAGAGGGCGCCGCGGCCCGGAAGGCGAGGACCCCCUGCCGCCUGCCGCCUGCGCCGCCACCCGCCCCCGAGCCCGCCUGCCCCGGCGGCGAAGGUGCGGCGGCCGCGCCCCUCAGCCCCGCGUGGAGCGAGCCCGAGGCCGAGCUCGAGGCGGGGCUGGAGCCCGAGCGGGAGCCAGGGCCCGCGGGGAGCGGCGAACCCGGCCUCAGACAAAGGGGCCGGCGGGGCCGAAGUCGCGCCGACCUCGAAUCCCCGCAGAGAAAGCACAAGUGCCACUACGCGGGCUGCGAGAAAGUUUACGGGAAAUCCUCGCACCUCAAGGCGCACCUGAGAACUCACACAGGUGAGAGACCCUUCGCCUGUAGCUGGCAGGACUGCAACAAGAAGUUCGCGCGCUCCGACGAGCUGGCCCGGCACUACCGCACGCACACAGGCGAGAAGAAGUUCAGCUGUCCCAUCUGCGAGAAGCGCUUCAUGCGCAGCGACCACCUAACGAAGCACGCACGCCGCCAUGCCAACUUCCACCCGGGCAUGCUGCAGCGGCGCAGCGGGGGCUCACGGACCGGCUCCUCCAGCGACUACAGCCGCUCCGAUGCCAGCAGCCCCACCAUCAGCCCGGCCAGCUCGCCCUGAGCGCGGCCGCCGCCCGACGCAGCACAGCCCCGCCCACCCCUCCGCGGGGCCCCGCCCACCCCUCCGCGGGGCCCCGCCCACCCCUGGCCGGCGAGGACCC